UUUUCGGCUUUCCAAACCCACUCUUGCCACUCAAUCCAAACCAAAGAGAAUUAUUCACUUCCAAACUUCGCUCGCAAAAUGGCGGACGGAGGCGUGGAUAUAGAUUUAUACGCCGACGAUAUUGAAUCUGAUUUUAAUAGACAGGAUGAGUUUGGUGGUGAGAACGUGGAUUUGUACGACGACGUGAUUGCUGCGCCUGCAGUGAAACCCGAGGACGAGGACGGCCCGCCGAACGUCGUGCCGCAGCAUCCGCACCCGCCGGAGGAGACCAACGGCAACUCGCAAUAUCACAACAACGCACCAAACCACCAUCAUGGCCGCCGGUUUCAGCUCUACGUCGGCAACCUCACUUGGUGGGCGACGGACCAGGACAUUGCGAACGCCAUCGGAGACAUUGGCGUCACCGACUUCCAAGACGUCAAGUUCUUCGAGAAUAGGGCCAAUGGUCAGUCGAAGGGGUUCUGCGUCAUUUCGCUCGGCUCGGACCAGUCCCUCAGGAUGGUCAUGGACCGGCUGCCCAAGAAAGAGAUUCACGGACAACAUCCCGUCGUCACGCUGCCUACUAAACAGGCGUUGAACCAGUUUGAGAGUCAGUCGAAGACAAGGUCAACUCCGCCAGGGCCGAACAACCCUGGCAUGAGAGGGCCGCAUCCAGGCGGUCCACCGGGGCCACAUCCUGGAGACUUCUUCGGAGGUGGUCCGAAUGGUCCAGGUCCGAACGGCCCGCGCAUGAUGAUGCCGGGCCCAGGGCCGCACCACCAGCUGCGAGGUCCCCCGCCAGGGCCGCCACACGGGCCCCCGCACCACAUGCAGCAACACCAGGGCCCCCCGCCACAUCAUAUGCAACAUCAAGGGCCCCCGCCGCACCAGGGCCCACCGCCGCAUAGGCCGCCCAUGCAAUUCCAAGGGCCGCCGCAGAUGGCGCGGGUGCCGGGCCCCGGGCCGCGGCCGGAGUGGGGCCCGCGCGGCCCGCCGCACAUGCCGCAGCCCGCGCCGCAGUACGGCCCGCCGCAGCACCAGAUGCCGCACCAGAUGCCGCCGCCGCACGCCGCGCCCCCCGGGCAAGGCAUGCCGCCGCCGCACCACCAGAUGCCGCCGCACCAGGGCCCGCCGCGCGGCCCGGCGCCGCCGCAGCCGCAUCCAGGUAUGAACGGCUACCCAGGCGUCGGCGGUGCUCCAGCGCCCCACGUGAACCCGGCGUUCUUCAGCCAGCAGCCCGGCCCACAGCCCGCGCCCGGCCCGCAGCCUCCGCCGCAGCAGCCUCCACCAGGUCCAGGCGCGCCCUACGGCCACCCUCCGCACGGCGCUCCGCCGCCAGCACAGGGCCCACCGCCCGGCGCCCGGCAGCCCUACGGAAGGCCACCACAGAGCUACCCGCCGCCGGGCGAGGCGGGGCGCGCGCCGCACCACGCGGCCCCGCUGGGCGCGCCGCACCCGCCGCACGCGCCGCACCCCCCGCACCCGCCGCACCCACAGCACCCGCCGCACGCGCAGCACCCGCCGCCGCACGCCGCCAUCAGCGAGGCUGAGUUCGAAGAGGUGAUGAGCCGCAACCGCACCGUGUCGUCGUCCGCUAUCGCGCGCGCUGUCAGCGACGCGGCGGCCGGCGAGUACGCGUCCGCCAUCGAGACCCUCGUCACUGCUAUAUCGCUCAUCAAACAGAGCAAGGUGGCCCACGACGAGCGCUGCAAGAUCCUGAUCUCGUCCCUCCAGGACACCCUGCACGGCGUGGAGACCAAGUCGUACAACAGCGGCGAGCGGUCGCGCCGCUCGCGCUCGCGGGAGAGGGACGCGCGCGCGCACCACCGCGCGCCGCGCCGCCGGGACCGCUCCGCCAGCCGCUACCGCGACCGCAGCCGCGACCGCGACGACCGCGACAGGUACAGGGAACGCUCAAGGGAACGCGACCGCGAGCGUGACCGUGACGCGUACUACAGGGAUUACCGUGAGCGUGAGAGGGACCGCUCCAGGUCGAGAGACCGUGAACGUGCCGAGUACAAUAGAGGGCACAGUCGAGAUGAGAGACCACGCAAGUCCCCAGUAGAGCCGGCAGCGGAGGGAGGCGCGGGCGACGCGAGCAGCGCCAAGAGCCGCGCCAGCGCAGCGCCCUACUACGACGAGCGGUACCGCGAGCGGCGCGAGCGCGACCCGCCUCCCACCGACCGGGACCGCGACCGUGACCACCGCCGGGACGCCAGGCACUAAACCACGACAAUCACUAAACUAAUCACCACCACCACCUAUCACGUUGUCUAACAGAAAUCUUUGCGAGGUGUGGGUAUUAAGAUCACCUUACGAUGGACGUACCUCUGACUACCCUAUUGGGGUAUAGUAGUUAGCUUACGUAUUGAUUGUGUUAUGAAGCUAAUCCGCACGGAAAUCCAUGCCCUAUUAAAUAUAGAUUGAUUAGAAUGACAGCUAAGAACGAUAUUACAUCUUUCAAUCAAUUCGUCAAUCAUAAAUUACGAUUCAAAGAACAAUAAUUAUACCUUUUUACUGGAACUGUGAUCGUUAUUUGUAGGGUCAUUUACUGUUUGUCAAAAUAUUGACAAAAAUCCAUGGUUUUUUGGCAAUCAGAAUAUGGCCCAUUCAAUUUAUGUCCGUAGUGUAGUAAUAAGGUCGAGUUUUCUUUGAAUGAUAACAAUCGGAAUGUGAUUGUGGUUUUCUGACAAAGCAUGACCCAUACAAACAUUAAAUUUUCCAAAUAUCGUCAUUUCAUGGAAAAAGCUGUACGACAUCGCAUUAGGUUGUAUAAUAUAUUUUUGUCCUGUCGUCAUUUGGAUCAAGCUAUUCUUAAUAGGGUAAAUGACACGGAGCAAAGGCGAGAGGAGUUGGCGUGUGAAAGUAGCCCAGAUAACCCGACCAAUGAGGUCUUUGGUGGGGGGCUACGUCAUUUCUUAUUGUUCUGUGAACUCGAUUCCUUCCCUGUACCUCCGCCUUCAGCCCUCUGCACAAUCUUUCUUAGCGAAAUGACCUAUCGCCAAUUCCUCGGUUUUACUUCUUCGUGAUUUAUACAGUAAACGGACCAAUAUUCAAGGGGCGUUGCCUUGUACUCACUACCAUAUUGACUUGUUACUUUAUAUUUUUCAGUUUUACCAUACGCUUCUUAUACUGCUUAAUACCACCUCAGUACUUUAACAUAUUUUCUGAUAUCUUUCAUCUUCUGUAGCAGAUUAAUUAUAGAGUACAUAAGUAUAGUGAGCCUGAUAAAUCAGGAAUAUUAUACAAGAAAGUUGUGAUUUCUAAGAAACAUAGAUAUUAUACUUGUUUGCAUGCAUGACUUUCCGUCUAAUGGGCUUUACAUUGCACAAUCCAUCGGGCCCUAUGCGUCGGGAUUGGGCAGUGAAUAACUCGUUGGUGGGUGGGGUUCGAUUUCGCCAUACAUUUUACUUACACCCGAUGCAUCGGGCCCGAUGGAUUGGGUAAUGUAAUAUACCUUUCGGUAAACACUAAUGCGUGAAUUAUGCGACAUUCGUAGUACCCUUCCUGUAGGUCCCUUUACUGUGAUAUGAGCAUCACCAAAUCGUUACCUUAUAGCGGUUAUUACAUUGCCCUGUCCACCGGGCUAGACGCGUCAAGGUCACGGGGGCGUAACCAUGGUAACCACGAUUUCGAGGGAUUCGGUGGGGAGUAACCAUGGUAACCGCCCGUGACCUUGACGCAUCUAGCCCGAUGGACAGGGUAAUGUAAUAACCGCUUAUAGUGAAAAGAACGUAAGCGCCAUUUUGGAAAAACACAUUCGAAUAUGAUUUUCUUCAACAAAACCUCGAUUUCUUUCAAUUAAUUUCGAAUCUGGUAAAAAUUGAGACUAAAUUUUAUGACCUGGAUUGAAAUUAGCUUGUCUAUUGCGGGGUUUUGUUAACAAAAGUCACAUCGGAAUGUGAAUUUUAAAAAAAGUCGCUUGCGUUUUUUUUAUUACAAAGCGACAAAAUUACUUGGGUUUCGUACACCACGUUUACGUUUAAUGAACUGUUACAAAUAUCCGUAUUGUUUUACUCGCGAUAACUCAGGAUUAUCGUAUCGUCACAACAGACGUUCUUUGGUUAUUUCAUUGUUUUUACUUACGUAGCCACAACCGUUCUUCAGUCGCUAUAAAAGAGUUCAUAGUAAGCUAAUUAAAGAAAUAUUAAAGAGUAGGUAUCUAUAUUUUAAACAGUUUUAGGUUGCAAAGAACAAUAUAAAAACAUUUUAAAAUGACCCAUGUUUUUGUAGUUUCAUUAUAUCUAUACUUUAAAGUAAUUAGUAGUUUUGUGUUGUGAAUUCUGUGAGUAUACUUAUAUUGCUUUAUCUUGAUUGAUAAAUCUGGUUAUUUUCGUAAUCAAGUUUGCAAUGAUAUUGUAAAAAAAAUGUAUUGUACAAAGGGAUCAGAACGAUUAGAAAAUUAAUGUGUUCUAACAAGGAAAAGCUAACAUUCCAUCUUAUUAUAAGCUUUUUCCGUACAAUAUCCAAAUGAAAUAUAGACUAAAAUAUUGUAAAUCUAUUUUCCUAUUGUGUUUUUUAUGCAACAGGAAAGUUGAUUAGUAUUAAUUUAAAUACUUAGGUUUUAAGUUGUUUGUAUGGAAUGGUCCAUACUUAGAUUAUGACUCUGACUUAGAAGUUAAUUUGCGUAAAUAAAUUAAUGGAAAAAUGA